AUGCAUUUUGAUGCGUUUGCGGAUAGUUUGGCUCUAGUGGAAAAGGAGAUCGAAAAGGCGUUGCUUGAAGGCUUUGCUGAUUUCGACCGAUGUAAUUCACUUCCAGAAGUUCCUGACCUGUGCGGGGAUUCCCUGUCUUCCGGAUUGGUUGGUAGUGGCGCUGACACCUUAGUCGAUUUGACAACUCGUGGAAUACGCGUGUGCGGGAGCCCUCAGGAAACGACAGACCAGUUUGCCAUAGACAGCUCAUCCAGUCAUGCAGGAGAGAGAGUAUUUGAUUCAAUUUUUAACAGCUCGGAGAAAGGUGAUGAGCCCCAGUGUGAUAAUCCAGGAAAGUCUAGCACUGUGGCAAGGAUGGUUCCUUCAACACGGGAAGUUCCGCUAUCAGAAGAGCAGGAAACAAAGAGGCACUCAAGCUGCUCUUUUUCUGAGAUUUUCACUGAUGACCUAAUUCGCUUAGUCGCUGCUUCAGGUGGAAAUCGAAGUAAAAGUAUUACGGGAAAAAGCAAGAACAAUGCAAAAGAGCUCGUAUUCUAUAAAUGCAGCUACUGUAAUUUCUCUGGGCGUUUCAGAUCUCAGCUGCAAAGGCAUAUAUCAGGCGUGCAUUAUGUUGAAAGAAGGUUUUCCUGCGAACUUUGUGAGAAACGAUACAUGUAUAAAGGUGACCUUGCUCGGCACGUUAACCAGAAACAUAGUGUCGGUAACGUGCCAGAGAGGUUUCAGUGCGCUUACUGCUCAACAGUAUUAUCGUCAAAGUAUUCGUUAAGGAACCAUGAAGCGGGCAAGCAUUUAUUGGAGAAACCGUUCGUUUGCCCUGUAUGUGAUUUUGCAUUUGUGGAUGCCUAUAGGCUAAAGAAGCAUACAUUUACGCAUCAGUCAGUCAGGCUUUACGGGUGUGGCAAAUGUAAGUACGGUGCGCGGAACGCAAAAGAUUUAAAAACUCAUUUGUCUCGGGUUCAUAUGCUGCAUUCGUUUGAAGGAACUGUCGAGUUAGCGCGGUGUGGUGGCUGCAAAUUCCCGGAGGUACUUUCUUUGCAGAAAUUGAAGGAUCAUUUACGAGUGUGUCAUAGGGAACUUGCUGAAGUCAAAGGAGUAAUUGGUGGGGAAACUGGGGCUUUUACUGCAGAAGUUACAAGACUUGAAAUGGAGCGGGGUUUCAGAGGGUUAGCCAUGUCGUUAAUACCCAUGGGAUUUCGGUCAACACAAUUUAGAAAGAGAGAUUAA